AUGACCGGAGCAGCAGCAACAGCAGCAGAGAACUCUGCUACACAAUUGGAGUUCUACCGAAAAGCUCUAAAUUUCAACGUCAUUGGGAGAUACGAUCCCAAAAUAAAGCAGCUGCUUUUCCACACACCACAUGCCUCAUUGUAUAAAUGGGACUUUAAGAAGGAUGAAUGGAAUAAGCUAGAGUAUCAAGGUGUUCUAGCAAUAUAUUUAAGGGAUAUUUCACAAAACACGGAUCUUCUACCAGUUUCGCCCCAAGAAAUGGACAUUUUUGAUUCACAAAGUAGCAGUAAUAACAUUCCAACAAGCAAUGGUAAUAAUGGCAAUAGCAGUAACAGUGGGAACGGGAAUGGAAGUAAAAAUAACGAUUCAUUAUCCUAUAACUGCGGUAAGACCUUAAGCGGGAAAGACAUAUACAACUAUGGACUGAUCAUAUUAAACAGAAUUAACCCUGAUAAUUUCUCCAUGGGUAUUGUCCCCAAUAGCGUUGUCAACAAGAGGAAAGUGUUUGAUGCUCAAGAAGAUGCACAAAACCCAAUAGAAUGUAUGGGAGUAGAAGUAAAAGAUGAAUUAGUCAUCAUUAAAAAUUUGAAGCAUGAGGUCUAUGGUAUAUGGAUUCAUACAGUUAAUGAUAGACAAAACAUUUAUGAACUAAUUAAAUAUCUUUUAGAAAACGAACCAAAGGAUUCGUUUGCUUGA